CGUGUUCUCAUCCAAUGAUACGCUAUCAACAUCUACAGUUUAGUUACUGUCUUCGCGUUAGACUCAACAGGACCCUGCUUCCAAAUCCAAAUAGUGCCACUAACAUCAAACAGAACCAAGACUUAAGAAAUGGGCCUUACUCUUACCUAAAACUACAAGUUGACCACAGCUUGUAAGAGUAAAACUCAGAACAAACCUUUGUUGUGCAGCUUGAGUGGACCUAACCCGAAUGUAUUGCUGUUCCAGUGUAUGGGAUAAGACUUAAGGCAAGUGAAGUAGCUUCGAGGAACCACCAAACAGAGAAGUGAUCUCUACUUGGCUUUGAGUUAGAGCCCACACAUAAACUUGUAACUAGACCUACAUUUAUAACCUUGGGCCUGAUAACAGCCAUUGGUUUAAGAAUUACAGAGCCAGUCCCAAUUUUCUUGGUAUGCAUGUUUCAAGUCCCCUAUUUUCUUGGUAUGCAUGUUUCAAGUCCAUCGUAAUUCUUAAUCCAGUUUAGCCCCGCGAUGGUAGAAAUAGUAAAUGAGUGAUUUAUCUAUGUUUUAAUUUUGUACACAUGAUCAUUGUUUGUGUUUCAUGCUAGUAUUAGUGUGGUGCAUGUAACAUGUUAUAUGUAUGACUUUUGGGUCCAGCACUUUGGGAUUAUGUCAUAAGUAAUAAACAAAAGAAUACUUACGAACCGUCUUAUGUAAUUUCAAGUUUGUGUCAACGACCAUAUAGUUUGUGCCACUUUUUUUAAAAAAAACUAGCGGCUAGAUCCAUGUAGUUUAAAAAAAUAUAUGUAUGAAAGUUUGUGUGAUAUUAAUUCAUUUUUAGUAUAUAGUUUACCUAAACGAGCGUCCCAUUAUGAAUACGACAUGUUUUAGUUUCUGCCAGUCAUGAGCAAAAUAUACCAAAACGAUUUGAUAUCAUAUGUUUACUAAAGUACAGUAUGGAUGAUGAUUAUGAUUUAUGAAUUGAUAUUACACUCCCAAUCUCGAAAAUCUGUGGUAGAACCUACGAAAAUAAAUUGUUUUUAUGAGAAUUUCUUCUUUUUAUAAUUAAAUUCUAAAAUUAAGUGAUGAUCCAUUUGAAAAUGAAGACCAAACUCAACAAAUAUCUUUUUUUUUUUUUGCUAGUCAUGAGAAAACUAAAUUCUUUAUAUUAUCAAGAUCCUGUUGACAUUUUUCGUAUCUUAAAUAAUAUAAAUCCACAUUGAUCUUUUCAGAAGUAGUAUUAUAUACUAGUGUAGGUGCUCAUCAACUAUUUAAUUACGAUAGAUAGUAAUUUUUUAUUUUAAAUAUAUAUAUAAACUUUGCGCGCGGGAGUUUCACCAAGCGCAUUCAAAGUUUUAGUCCACCGGAAAAAAAAACACAAUCUCGUCGUCUUUCUCCCUUUGCCGACGAUGGGUUGCAUUUUCUUUAAACCUUGGCGUCGCUCUCCAUCUCGGUCGAUUAAACCAACCAUCAUCGACGAACUAGAUAAUAACGAUACUGAUGACGUGAGCUCAUGUCCGAAUUUCAGAGAGUUCAGUUUGGAACAGUUGAGAGUCGCUACAGACGGAUUCUCAGCCGGCAACAUCGUGUCGGAGCAGAGCGAGAAGGUUCCUAACAUCGUCUACAAAGGGAGGCUCAAAAACGGCAGAAAGAUAGCCGUUAAACGGUUUCAAAGGCAUUUCUGGCCUGAUUCUUCCAAGUUUAUCGAAGCAUCACAAGCAGUGGGGAGGUGUAGGAGUGAGUAUAUGGCCAAUCUGAUCGGUUAUUGCUCAAAAGGUCACGAGAGGCUUCUCGUUGCUGAGUACAUGCCCAAUGGAACACUUGCAAAACACCUCUUCCACUGGGAGAAACGACCAAUGAAAUGGGAAACGAGGUUGAAGGUUGCGUUACAUAUUGCGAGAGCCUUGGAGUACUGUAGUUCUCGGGGAAUAGACUUGUACCAUGAUCUUAACACCUACAGAAUAUUAUUUGAUAAGGUUGGGAAUCCAAGGCUGUCUUGCUUCGGUCUCAUGAAGAGUAGCAAAGAGGGAAAGAGCUAUAGCACAAAUUUGUCAUUUGCUCCACCUGAAUAUAUGCGUCUAGGUACUUUGCUACCAGAGAGUGUCAUAUUCAGUUUUGGGACUUUGUUACUAGAUCUUAUGAGUGGCAGACAUAUCCCACCAAACCAUGCACUUGAUAUGUUCCGUGGCAAAAACUAUUUGGUGCUAAUGGACUCAGCUCUGGAUGGCCAGUACUCUGAUGAGGACAGGACAGAACUAAUCCACCUAGCUACCCGCUGUUUGCGUUCUGAGCCAGACGAGAGGCCAAGCAUAAAGUUUCUUACGUUGGCUCUUUCAAGACUUGAGAAACGAGUUGAGUUAUUUCCAAACAUCAAAGUGGACAAAAACCCUACUCUACCAAUAUCAUACACUAAACCUGCAAGAAAGAAGAAGCCAUUGCGCUUGACUCCUUUAGGAGAAGCAUGCUGGAGAAUGGAUCUAAGUGUCAUACACGAACUGCUAGAGAAACUCGGAUAUGGAGAGGAUGUAGUGGUCACAAAUGAGUUCUCAUUUGAAAUGUGCACGGGUCGAAUGCAAGAGAAUACAGAUUACAAGAAGCAUGGAGAUGCUGCAUUUCGCGCUAAGGACUUUGAAACCGCAAUAGAAUUCUACACAGAGUUCAUGAGUGGAGCAACAGUGGUAUCACCAACAGUUUUGACCAGAAGGUGUCUAUGUUACCUAAUGAGCGAUAUGUUCAGCGAGGCUUUAACCGAUGCGAUGCAAGCUGAGCUUGCAUCGCCAGAGUGUUCAACCGCUCUCUACUUACAAGCGGCUUGUCUCUUAAAGCUUGGGAUGGUAGCUGAAGCUAAAGAAGCGCUCAGUCAUGGCUCUUCUCUCGAAUCUUUUUAGAGUUACAACAAAACAAAGAUUUGUACAGCUUAAACCAAAUAUUAGUACCAUCAAAAUUUUGUGUGCUAAAACAAGAUUCGUGUAUUUUCAAUAUUUAGUAGUGUUUUGAUAUAAAGCAUCAUUUUAAGCUUGUUGUGAAUGCCAUGUUACAAAGGUGAAACAACCAUCAUGAUACGGUAAAUGCAGACGCCAUGACAUACAAGUUGCGUCUAAGUUGAAAAGACUCAAAACUCAUAACUAUAUAAACUAUUUCUACUAAAUUACAUCACAAAAAAAAAA